UAAAACAUAACCAUCAAAUAAGUAUUUUCCUUGGGUUGAAAGACAUCCUCGAAUCUCUGUUUUUUUCGAUUGUACCGCUGUUCUUGUCAACGUCGAUCCUGGUCGCAGGUACAAUUUAGCGGUAUUUCGGUGCGUCUAUUCGUACGCUCUGUACUCCUGAUUGUAUUCUGUUCAUUCCUCACCGUGUGUACAUACACUCGUUUCCAGCGAAUUCAGAUACUGGCCGAACAGUUCUAUCGUCCACCACUUUAGCACCUUCAAACGCAAACAUGUUCAGUAUAGAGGAUGAUGACAAAGCCAAUCGAGGAAUAAUAAACAACUUUCCAUCAGUUCCAUCUCCAUACUUAAACUUUGACCCACAACUACUACCUCAAUCAUCUCAACCAGAAUAUAUAUUUCUGGAAGGUGCUGGUUCUAAACAACGUGGACGUUUUGAAUUAUCCUUUACCCAAAUUGGUACAUCAUGCUUGAUAGGUGCUACAAUUGGAGGUAUACGUGGAAUAUACAGCGGUAUAAAAUUAACAUCAAUGGAAAAUCAAACUAGUACUUACAAUAGAACUCAAAUCUUAAAUAGUGUUUUUAAAAAUGGAGCUCGCCUGGCUAAUACAUUUGGAACAUUAUCUGUAUACUAUAGUAUUUUUGGUAUCAUAUUAGAAAAAACUCGUGGCUGUGAAGAUGAGCUCAACACAAUUGUUGCUGGAACAAGCACUGGACUUCUAUACAAAUCCACAAGUGGUCUUAGAAGAUGUGGCAUUGGUGGUUUAAUUGGUUUCAGUUUAGCAACAGCAUUCAGUUUGGUUACAUCAAGGGAUAAAAUUAAAGAGAUUGGAAAAAGCAUUCUUCAUUCUUAAAAAUGUUUGCAUAAACACUUGUUUAUAAUAUAGUUUUUAUAUAACACAGUAUAAUGUAUUGAUUAUUA